GGGCUGGCAGCGGCGCCCCGGCGCGGGGCCGGGGGCGGGCCGAGGGUGCUGUGACCCCCGGCGGGGCCCUGCCCACCCGCCCGGCUCCGGCACCGGCUCCAGCGGCUGAAAUUGCCCAAGCUGGGGUGACUGCGAUGUCCCCCGGGCGGCGGGACCCCUGACGGGCGCUGCCCGCCCCCGAGGCCGCCUGGCUUUGUUGGGAUUUUGUUGGUUUGUUUCCUUCUCGUUGCCGUUUUCCUCCCGUCCCGCCGCGGUGGAUGGCCCGCGGUGGGCGCCGCUGGCCGCGCCGCCCCUGCCCGGGCAGGAUGGUGGCGGCGGUGCUGGCCGGGCUGUCCCUGCUCAGCCUCCUCACCUGCGGCUACCUGGCCUGGGGCAGCCGCCGCACCGGCCCCGGCGGGACCCCGCUGGCAGAGGAGCCCGGGGCCGGCGCCCCUCGCUCGCAGCCGCACAUCAUCUUCAUCCUGGCGGACGACCAGGGGUUCAGGGACGUGGGGUACCACGGGUCCGAGAUCAGGACGCCCACGCUGGACAAGCUGGCUGCCGAAGGGGUCAAACUGGAGAACUACUAUGUCCAGCCCAUGUGCACGCCAUCCAGAAGCCAAUUGAUCACUGGAAAGUACCAGAUCCACACGGGCCUCCAGCACUCCAUCAUCCGGCCGACCCAGCCCAACUGCUUACCUCUGGAUAACGUCACGCUACCUCAGAAGCUGAAGGAGGUUGGGUACUCGACGCACAUGGUGGGCAAGUGGCACCUGGGCUUUUACCGCCGGGAGUGCAUGCCCACGCAGAGGGGCUUCGACUCCUUCUUCGGCUCCCUGCUGGGCAGCGGCGACUAUUACACGCACUUCAAAUGCGACAGCCCGGGCAUCUGCGGCUACGACCUGUACGAGAACGACAACGCCGCCUGGGACCACGACACCGGCAUCUACUCCACGCAGAUGUACACGCAGAAGGUGCAGCAAAUCCUGGCUUCUCACGACCCCGGGAAGCCCAUCUUCCUGUACAUCGCUUACCAAGCCGUCCACUCGCCCCUUCAGGCGCCGGGCAGGUAUUUUGAACAUUACCGGUCGAUCAAUAACAUCAACAGGCGGAGGUACGCGGCGAUGCUGGCCUGCCUGGACGAAGCCAUCGACAACGUGACCCUCGCUCUAAAGAAGUAUGGGUACUAUGAGAAUAGCAUUAUCAUCUAUUCCUCGGAUAACGGUGGGCAGCCAAUGGCCGGAGGAAGCAACUGGCCUCUCCGAGGGAGCAAAGGGACCUAUUGGGAAGGAGGCAUCCGCGCCGUUGGGUUUGUCCAUAGCCCCCUUCUGAAAAACAAAGGGUCUGUGUGUAAGGAGCUGGUGCACAUCACGGACUGGUUCCCCACCUUGAUCACGCUGGCGGAAGGGCAGAUCGAUGAAGACAUCCAGCUGGACGGCUACGACAUCUGGGAAACCAUCAGCGAAGGCAGGCGCUCUCCGCGGGUGGAUAUCCUGCACAACAUCGACCCCAUUUACACCAAAGCCAAAAACGGCUCCUGGGCCGCGGGCUAUGGCAUCUGGAACACCGCCAUCCAAUCCGCCAUCAGAGUGAACCACUGGAAACUACUGACGGGAAACCCGGGCUACAGCGACUGGGUGCCCCCGCAGGCCUUCAGCAACGCGGGCCCCAACCGCUGGCACAACGAGCGCAUCUCCUGGUCCGCCGGGAAAACCGUGUGGCUCUUCAACAUCACCGCCGACCCCUACGAGCGGGUGGACCUCUCCGCCAGGUACCCGGACGUGGUGAAGCAGCUCUUGCGGAGGCUCUCGCAGUUCAAUAAGACCGCGGUUCCCGUCCGGUACCCACCGAAGGACCCUCGGAGUAACCCCAAGCUGAACGGAGGAGUGUGGGGGCCGUGGUUUAAGGAGGACGAAAAGAAAAAGAAGUCGGAUAAAAGCAAAGGUGCGAAUAAGCAGAAGAAGAACAAGAACAAGAAAAAAGCAAACAGGAAAAAGGGGCAGUCGUUCCCUUGCCGGUCACGUCUUGCCGGUGGGUAGACUCUGAGCAACCUCUUUGGCCGAGCCUGAGUCGGCUUGGACCAACUGUCUUGAACUUCUGACGAACAGACUAGAAAUGCCAGUUCUGCACUAUGGAUGAAAGUUGUCAUCUUUGAAUUUUUUGCUCUGAUUUCACCAGCACAAGGUAUCUCAACACCCUGAGAGUCCACGUGACAGACUUUCUCCUCCACAGGAUGAAUGGUCCUCACCCAUCACUGCCACAUUCCAGACAACAGCAGCGAUAACACCUCAUUUCAGGAAACUCUGCUUUGAUGGACAAAUGGUGCUUCCUUUCCUUAAUUAGUAGGAAUCUUUGGAGAGGAUGGAGAUGUUAAUGGCAGAUGUUCUCUAAAGGAAAGAUGAUUCAGAAAGAGAAAGGAAAACCAAAACCUCUGUGGGUCAGUAAGUGUUAGUCAGCAACCUAUGAUGUUUUUGAUACAACACAGCAAAAAUACGAAGCCAUCAGGGUAACUUCUUAGAGGUGCUGGGAAGGGGGGGCAUGAUAGGAGGAAAGCUGCUUUGAAUUAGAUUUUGUCUGUCUUAAAUAAAUCUGAAACAUUUUUAACAUUUCCUAGAUGUGCUAAGCUCCCCCCAUUUGCAGUAAAACACAUGACCAGCUAGCACACCCCACAUAUAAUUUAUUGUAGGCAUAGACAAAAACACAUCGCCAGAGUGAAUGUACUAUUUAAACACUUUAACAUAACUAUGCAACAAUAUAUAAAAGACAUAAUUUAUUUUACAGCACGAUCCUUAUUCCUCUCCCGUUAAAACUUCCUGGCUGAUGCAAAGUACCCCUUUGGGUGCCAGGGUUCUUUGGGGGGUUUUAACUUUGCUUUUUUACUUUGAUUUCCAGCCUGUCAUUCAGAGUUUUAUUUAACAGAUCCAUAUCCUCAGAGUACUGUAAACCAAGGAAAUACUGUAUACACUGCUAGGAUGAGGAAGGAGAACGAUUCAGGUGCGUCAUUGCAUUGUGUAUUUGCCUCCAGUGGUUUUGAAUGUAACAAAGGGUUUAUUUAAUUUAGGAGUCAUGUGAAUACUGUUCAGUUGCUGUACAGAAGCUAGGCCAUCUUGCUGUUCGGGGGGAAAAUUCUACUUUAAACCUUUUAUUUAUGUACCUAUUAAAAUAGUUUAUUUUUAUGGCAUUCAUAAAA